UUAUUGUUUCUGAAUGUUGUAGCCUCACUGAAACUGUAUUUGACGCCAUCUUUAUGAUUAUAAAUUUUCUUACAGCUUUCGCUUUGGAAAGAAAGCGUUUGUUAGCGUCUACGCUUUCGCCGCCCUACCUGGAUGGAAUAAGCAUUCGUGAGCACAAGUUAUCCGUAAGCGCUUAUAGCGCCAAAGCGAUAACGUCAUAACUUGUGCUCACGAAUUCAGCGCGUGAGCGUCCAAAGCGAUCGCAGCCCCAGAGUUCUGCGAGAUACGUAGGUGUGUAGAACACGAGGCAACGAGCUGCGAGACAAAGCGUUGAAUUUAAAAAGUAACAGUAUUAGCGACUUGCGAAAACGUACAAGUUCAUGUUUCGCGGUAGUUUAAACAAUCAUAUUGUUAAAGACUGGAACAAACAGAUUAAUCGGUAUUUGUGUUAGUGUAAUAUAGUUUAGUAUAGAUAAAAUAAUAUAUUCAGCUUUACUUUCUCUUUUCUUUAAUAUACGGACUAUUUUCAUUUACUCUCCUUAUCAUUAUACGCUAGUUUGGGUAUAUAUUCUCGGGUUUCCGACCGGUGUUGAGUGCAUGCGCAUUACUAUAGACUAUAAAGUACAUGUAUAACUGAAACACAGUCAUAUGCGCAAAAACGAGCGAAUACUCGUCAUCUAAUUGUAAGUAGUAAGUAAGUACGGUCUGCAGAAAAAAAAGACAAAACAAAUCCGCAACAAUUAGUUAUUCACUCUCUAUUUAAAAAUUUGUCGUUGGCUGAUGUCUCAAGAGCUUUUUAAACGCAUUUCAGCUUGGAUAGGUAAAAACCUAGAAAUUUUAUAAAGAUAUACGGUGCACAUAGUACAAAAAGUUAAACAAUAAUACGCCAAAUACAAGUUUGCUUGUCAUUGUAAUCUGCACAGAUUGCGAAGUUAAAUAAAAUAGCUUCAUUACCAUGACGUGUAUAACAAUGUUACAAAAAAUAGUAUCAUAGAAUUCAAUAGGAUAAUUCCUAGAAAAUUGCUAGUCUACAGAAGGCUGAAUCGUGUUAGCUAUUUAGAUAUAAAAAGUAAGCUAAAUUUUUACAAGGAAAGAACAACAAUUGAUUAAAAGAGAGCGCUGAACGAAGCAACUAAAUUGGUUUACUAUUUCAACCACCAUAACUAAAUCAACAAAUUUUAGGGGGGGAUAUUAUUGCAUGUAGGAAGUUUUAAUAGUCAGCAGGUAAGACAGAAUAUGGUGUCUUCUUCGACUCAUUCCUCUGAUGAGGAGUACUAUGAAGCUAGUAAUAAUAUCAGUAAGGAUGAGAGAUCUUCUAUAUCUUGCGAAAGUGAUUCUGACCUGGAGUCUAUUCCUACUGUGUCACAUUUUAAGCAGCAUAUCUGGAAACGUAGUCAGCAUAUAGAAGGUGAUAAUAUUGGGCAAAGAAAUCUUGAUCAAAACAAAGAAGGAAUAAGAAAAAUAUUUAACCAAGAUAAAAAACAAUACAUAAAGGAAAAGUUAGAAGAUGAUAACUUAGUACACUCAGGUAAACUUUCUUGCGGUAGCAUAUAUAUCAAAAUACAUGGUUCAGGAAGUUUGUUAACUUCUAACCAAGAUAAUUUUGUUGCGAGAAUAAGAGUUCACAACCAAGAAAGGUUAGAUUUUACUAAACCUUUCAUCGAUGUUAAGAGAAAACUUUCUGAAAAGCUUGUAAUAACUGAAGUUCUAAAAGAUGAAUUAUUAGAUAAAAGAAAUGAAAUUUAUUCUAAUUUUAAGAAAUUCUUGCUAGAUAGAAGCAAUAAAACUGCAGAUAAUCUUGAAUGUGCAGAAGAUCUUUUACAAUUUUCUAUCAUACUAGGAAAAUAUAAGAAACUAAAAGAUUUAGAUACUUCAAUAUUAAUUAAUAUAAUUAACAAUAACUACAUCUCAACUGAAUUUAAAGAUGUUGCUCAAGGCUUGUUAAAUAUAGAAACAGCUUUGCACGGGAGAAACAAGAAUUUUCCUAGAUUCAAUGAUUCUGCUCAGCCCAGCAUAAAGAAUUUAUUAGGAGAAUUACAAAAAAUUUGUAACGAGUUAAUAGAGUGUCACAGAAAGUCCUUAUGUGAUAAAUAUUCUUCCUAUGGUUCCCAAUUAGCCUAUUUAAUAAUUUCCAAUAUAGAUGCACUGACUAAACAACAAGCACUUCUUAUAAGUAACAAAGAUAUAAAUUUAUUUUCUGACCUUGCUAAUGCAAUGAAUGAGCAACUUUUCUCAGAAUUUUUAGAUAAUUUGCAGGAUUCUUUAUUUAGAAAGGUAAAUGAAAUAAGGAUGUACAAUUCGCUGAAGGAUUUUGCACCUUUAAGUCAUCCUAUUUAUUUUUAUCUUUGUAAGAGCUUUCAAGAGUUAAUUUUAGAGAUUAGUGGUAAAACAGAUAUUUCUGUUAAUGAUUUGCUUAAAAAAAAUGAACAGGGGAAAUGGGACUUGAUAAAAACUAUAAAUUGGCCAUCAACUUUCUCUCUAAACCACUCUCUUCAGCAGCAAUAUCGCUUCAUCUUUAAGCUAAUGAAACAUUUUAAGCCUGGUUAUUAUUCUAGCGAGAAAAAUUUUGAAUACAAAUUUAAGUUAUUACAAAAUUUUGAUGAUAAAACAUUAUGGCAACGUACUAAGAGCUUAUUUAUUAGCAGUAAUGCGCCGCUAUUCAUAUCUCAGGAGCGUUUAGUAUGGGUAUAUAUUCUUGACGACGCAAUUGCUAAUUUACUUUCCAAAGAAGAAUUAAAGUCAUUUGAACCUCUCAUACAAGGCUAUACGAAUUUUGUUAAAAACACAGAAGGUGAUCACUAUGAGUCAUUUCGAAUAGCAACACACAAUGUUAUAAGAUUUAUAGCACAAACAAGUCCUUAUCUCUCAAAGGGGGUUUCAGAAACUAUUUUAACAAAACAAAUAGAAUCUAUUAAACAGGCAUUUUCAGCUAAGCAGUCUAAUAAUUUUAGAGACUUAGUAGAUGUGUAUAAUGAAUAUUGGAAGAAUAGACAAUCUAUUUUAGAAAAAAUUCCUGAUAAAUUUCCUUAUGGGAAGUUCAGGGAAAACAUGGAAAAAAUAUGUCAAACACUACUUGAUAUUGCAAGUACUGCACUUGAUAAAAAAGCAAAAUCACAAGGAUUCAUUAAGUACUUUAGAUCGUUUAAUGAAUUUUUGGAAGAUUUAAAUGACAUAGAGUUUAGUUGGUUUAUUAAAAAAGAUGACAUUAAUAAUAGCUUUACUGAAGUAGAGUUAGUCAAUGCAGAUAAAGAUUCAUAUAAAGUUUUAAAUCCUGAAAAUUUCAUUACAAAUUGUCAAAAGAUCCCUAAUCAUUACAUUAUUGAAAUCACUCAAAAUCUAUUAAAUAGAGUAAGUGAUUUACUUAGGCAAAAGAAAUGGUCUGAUGACGAUAAUUUAAGUGCGGCAAGUGAGUUACUAUCAGCAAUUAAGAAAUCUUUUCUUUAUCUCAAGGAACAACCUAAUUACAGGUCUUUCUAUACAUUCGAACAAGAAAGUACAGAGCCGUUUACUUCUGCGGUAGAGAAUAGCAGCUCUUAUGAGGAUUUUAAAAAACGAAUUGGUAUUAUAGGGGAAUCUUUUUGGUAUUUAAGAAAACAAGAUGAGAUUGAUAUAGAAAAAGCUUUAAUUCUAUACAGAAAAGACAACGAUAAUAGCACAGAGGAGAUACUAAAAACCUGCUAUAACGGAUACUUAGAAAAAUUUAAGUUUUAUAUAGACGAAACUGUAAAUAAGAGCUUUGAAAAAAAAAUUAAAUUUAUUACUGAAGAAGUCAAGAAGCAGUCAAAUCAAAUUAAAAUUAAUGAAUGGAACUCAAAAUUCAAGAGAGAAACUCUACCAGAACUUCUUGCUGGGCUAGCUGCUGUGUGGUCCAUACAAGAAUCAAUAGAUAUUGCAAGUACAGGAAAAAGCUUAAAGCCGCAUUGCAUUCAAAUAUUAAGCAUUUUGCGUUUGUUAAGUGUUGAUAAAGACUCUAAAGGUGUUGAUAAGCAUCUUGCACAAGUCUUAACAGGGCAAGGGAAAUCGCUUGUAUUAGGGUUACUAUCUUCACUAUUAGCAUUGACGGGUCAUAAGGUCAGGACUGUUUGUUACAGUGAAUAUUUAGCAACUCGAGAUCAACAAGAUUUUGACAGCUUUUUUAAGGAUUUUGGUAUUCGUGAUAAAAUAACUUAUGGUACAUUUGAGGAGAUGGCAAAUGAAGUGAUAAUGCCUGAGGUAAAUGGCAAGAAGCAAGGUUUAAGAGAAUUAGUUGAAGGUUGUAUUUUAAAUCACAGCGCGGAACAAACUGGUCAGAUAAAACAAGGGGAUGUCAGUAACAGUAUUUUAUUAAUAGACGAAGUAGACGUUUUCUUUUCUGAUCAAUUCUAUGGGAAUACUUAUGGUGCAUGUAACACUAUACCUAUUCCAGGACUAGAUAGUAUUCAGGAAAAAAUAUGGGAAAUGGCCAGCAAAAGUUAUGAAAAAAGUACUAUUUUGAUAGAGCUGGGAGAAUUUAUUAAUAAAAAGAUAGGAGAAAGAAACCAAAAUUUUAAAGAAUUUAAUAAAUUUUUGUUUAAACCUAAAACAUACUAUCUUUUGAGAGAAAACGAAGAUAAUGUGGUUAUUAGAAAGGAAUAUAAAAAUAAAUCCCUCUACGAAGAGCAUCUCGAAAAAAUGGUCAAUUGUGCAAUAGAUGUUGCAAAUGGAAGUGAUAAAGAUUGGUACAUUAAUAAGUAUAAAAUUAAUGAUGAUGGAAUCAUAAGCUACAGAAAAGACAAUGGAAUUUAUUCCAUUUACACUUACUCUGGUUACUAUAACAUAUUUAAUUAUUUUAGAUUAAAGAAAAAAGACUUUGAUAGUAAAAAUUACGGUUAUUUCAAUAUAAGCUGUGGCAAAGUGUCUUAUGCAAAAUUGCCUAAGGAAUAUCCUCUUAUCUUAGGAGUAAGUGGUACCUUAACUGCGUUAGAUGCUUAUGAGAAAAAAGCGGUAGAAGAAUCUUAUAACAUCAGUAAGAAAUCUAUAAUGCCAUCUUUUUUUGGUGACUCCCAUUUAAACUUUGAUUCGAGCCGAAAUUUUAUAUCUCAAGAUUCAGAAGAAGAAUGGCUUAACAAAAUUUUCAAUCAUACAAAUUCCAAUAUUAGCUCAGGACGAUCAGUAUUAAUAUUUUUUGAUACACAUGUUGAAAUAGACAAAUUUAAAGAAAAAUUCCUCGGUAAAUUUGAUCGUUUACAUACAUUAACAGAAAAUACGAAAGGGCUGGACAAAGAGAAGUACAUUGAUGAGGCAGGCAUUACAAAAACAAUAACAUUAGCAACAAGAGGUAUGGGUCGUGGUGUUGAUUUCAAGUCUAGUGUUGCUGUAGAAAAGAGUGGCGGAGUGCAUGUUAUACAGACAUUCUUUUCACUUGAUAUAAAAGAGGAAACACAGAUUAAGGGAAGAACUGCACGUAAGGAUAAUAAGGGUAGUUAUGAGUUAAUACUCUGUAAAGAACAUUUGAUAAAUGCUAGAUUUCUGAAAGGAGAAGAAGCUGCUGUAAAUUAUGAUAGUUUGAGUAAAUCCAGAGAACAAAAAAUAGAAAAGAAAGGCUCAAAUAAUGAAGAGAGAAUUAAAAAAUCAGAAAGUAACCAUAAUACAACGAUGGAUUUUUUAGAAUCUUUUUUUCAAAAAGAAUGUAGCACUAAUAUAGUGCAGCCAUCUGUGGAACCAGCAGUAAGUAGAUAACAGAAUAGAUAGGAGUUACAUAUGUUUGUUAGGGAUAAUAUUAUAAUAUAUAAAAAUGAAAGAGUAAAGUAAUGUACAGGAAAUUUCUAUUGCCACUGCGCAAGACAAGAAGAGAGAGAGAGAGAGGCUACCCCAGCGAUAAAUUAUAAGCGACGACAUCCGGAGCAGCGGCUCCGCGAUUUGCGUGCGUUCUCUCCCAAACCUAGCGUAACGACUGAGUCGGCAAAACGCAACUCAUGUCUCCGCCGCGAAUUACCGUUACAUUGGCACCCGAACAGGGACUGCGAUUUAGGGAAUAGUGCAUGCACAAAGUCGGGUGGGUGUACAAUCUGAAAAUGGCCGAACUAAUCAGCUUUACAACCGAGCGAAGCCUCGAUCCCACCGGGACCAUCGACGAGCUGCGAGCCAGGAUCGUAGGUCAUCUUCGCACCAGCUACUCACCAUCGAAGGUCCUGGGGCCAGACCAGCCCAGGCCCCGCUAGCAGACCUGGCAUUCCUGGACCUGCUCCGCAAAAGCUUGGAGAACCGCCAGGAGUACUUGCCGCACCAGCAGCCAGCGGAGCUGCUGGACCAGAUCCUGCAGCGAUCUGGUGAGCCCGGCCGGGCUUACAUAACGUAACUACCCCUGCCGGACCGGGACGAGAAAUGACGCACUGGUCGACCCACGAGGCGCCGUCCGACCAGCCCCACCGCAGACGCCACCAGUCGACCAGUAGAAGACGCCGGACGGAUCUACGUCGACCUCGAGGUUCAAGGAUACCGAGGUCAGGCCCCCGUAGACACUGGAGCUACACGCUCCUACCUCCGGAGCGACCUAGUCGAGUACUGCCGCUGUCACGGCGACUCCUGGGACCAGGAGCCACUAUCGAUGUACAGCAGCUGCGCCACCAAUACGCCGUGGUACUCACGAUGAGCCACGUGAUGCUUCUAGGCGGCGACGUCUUGGGUCGCCUAGGGACCACGAUCCAAAUCGGGUUCCACCAAUGGAGAUCUGCCAGCGGCCACUGGAGUCGUCUGGACCAGCCCGCCUUACACCCGAAUAGCAAAGGGAACUACAACGACUAUUGGACGAGGAAUUCCUCCGGUUGGACCGGCUGCCGCAGACGACCAACUAGACCAAUCACCGUAUUUGACUUAAGAAGGGGGUCGAACCAGUGAAGCACCGCUAUACGUCACGGAACCCGGCCAUGCAGGCCAUCAUAGACGCCGAGGUCGACCGCAUGCUGGCCGCCGGAAUCAUCGAGCCAUCUCAGAGCCCGUGGAGCUCACCCGUUGUCCUGGUCCGGAAGAAAGACGGAAAGUACCGUUUCUCCAUUGACUUUCAGCAAGUCAACACACGGACCGAGAAAGACGCUUUACCUGCUGCCGCAGGUACAGGCCACGCGGUAGAAGCUACGGGAGGCCAGGUUCAUCUCGACCAUCGACUUCGCCAACUGGUAUUGGCGGGUACCACUCGACCCCGAGUGUUGGCCGCUCACCGCCUUCACCUAUCCGGACUGGGACCUCUUCCAGUUCACGGUAAUGCCGUUUGGGCUGCAAUCUGCACCAGCCACGUUCCAACGGCUACUAGACGAAGUCAUUGGACCACGCCUGGCACCGAGGGGUUGAGAAAACGAACUUUCUCAAGGACAAUUUUAGCCGUUGAGGUAAUCUGUGUGAGCACUGUGCUUAGCAACAUGGCGGAAAAUUAAGAACUUAAACAAAUUCGUGCAAAACUUGAAAGGCAAAAACAAAGGCGUCAGGAGGAAAGAGCGAAGUACGAACAGCGAGUUAGUGAGAUGGAGACGGAAAUGCGAAUCCAGUAGGAAAUUCGGUUUUCACAACCGUUUACCGGGCAAUCUAAGCCCGCGACGGGAGUCUUUACGUCAACAGGGGCGCCAAGAGCGGACACCGGUAAAUCUAUGCAGCAGGGACAACGCGUCAAGAAGAGUAACAAAGCGAGCGAGAAGUCAACUGUUAGAUAUAGUAACGCGGUCAAAUGUUUCAACUGCGGCGGGUUAGGACACCUUUCCCGUGAUUGUAAAAAUGAAAAGCGAGUAAUAAGCUAUUACCUAUGUAAGCGUCCGGGACACAUGACGUCACGAUGUGCAAAUUAUAAACCAAGCGGAAGCCGAUAUCGCUAUGGUGUGAACUUCUGUUCGACACUUGACGAUGACGGUUGCUACAGUGAAGACGGUAGUGUUAGUUACAUCUGUGUAGGAAAAAUUCUAUGUAUUGUAGGAAAGUUUUUAAUUAAUAUCUCGGAAACUAAUAGGAAACCGAAGAUACCACUUUAUAUUUGGGGUCCCCUCCCCCCCUCCUCCUCAAAAUUUCAUCUUGAUCGGCGACCGGUCGUAUUCGGAACUUCAUCCAUUCGGUUUAAUACUUCGUGACUUUUCAACGGUUCGCGACCGCCACUUUUCUCAAGGUCAAGGUUAUUCAGGGUCAUGACCUUGACAACAUAUGUCAAGGUCAAGGUCAUUGGCGACUGGGGUCUUUUUGUGCAUAAUUACCAACAAUUUUUCGUGUCAUCAAUAAUUACGAAAUAAAACGCCUGUCACACUUUAAUGCGGACAUCCUGUAUAUGUACAGAAAUGCUUCUUUGUUCGGUUCUAUGUUGAUACGUUAUCUAUUGGCCAUAGAUAAAAUAGAUAAGCACUAUCACCUAUAACUGAACAGUAAUUAAAGAUUAAACAGUCUAA